CUCUCUCACUUCCUCUCUCUCUCUCUCUCUCUCUAUGUUUUUUAUUUAUUAUUUCUAUCACUUUCUAUCUAUCAUAUAAAUUAAAAAGGAAGAAAUUGAUCACCUUUCACAACCGUUUUUGAUAACGACUUGAUACUCGAAGAGAAGGAAGAAGAAGAGAGAAAGGACAGACGUGUUCUCGAACUUAUAGACAGAAAAGUAUACAAUCAUAGGAAGGUCGAAUUGUGUACAUACAUAUUUGUAUAUACGUGUAUAAUAUGUGUUUGGAGAACGAUUACGUGGUUUACAAAGUUUGCUGAAAAAGAAAAACAAAAAAAUGAAUCUUCUCGGAUUCUUGAAAUGUCAUCAAACAAAUGUUAUUAAAAGAGAACAAAGACGUAGUGAAAAUUAGAAAGUUUAUCGUUUUUGUUCUUUUCGACUUAUAUAAGUUUUAUUUGUUUGUUAUCAAAUAUAUGCUAUAUAAACUUUGAUAUUUUCGUUAUGAUUCGUUCGGUAUCGAGCAUUAAAUCAUCAUUUUUAAAAAAAUAAUUUCGAUAAAAUUUGAGAUUUGUGUCUCCUAUGAUUCUGUUCAUAAAACUGAAAUUUGUUCGUUGACAACUAUCAAGAAGAUGACACAAAUAAAGAACGUGGAAAACACCAUCGAGAAUAUAGUCAGCAAUGGCGAGAAAUUGACACCGGUGGAACUAAACGGCGAUGUUGGCACUAAUCUGGCGCCAGUUUCAAAAUACCGGGAAGCCUUGCCGCAGUGCUGUGCUGUGGGUGCAAAAAAUCUAGUCCUAAUCACGUUUGGUUCGACUUUGGGCUUCUCGACAAUUCUAAUACCAGAAUUACAAAGCAAGAAUUCCGAAAUUCCUACAACCACUGAAGAAAUUACAUGGAUUAGUAGUUUAAAUUUGUUUCUUGUACCAUUAGGUUGUUUCGUAAGCGGCCCGAUAUCCCAAUAUUUAGGUAGAAAACGAACGAUGAUGAUCGCAAACAUUCCGUUUAUAAUGGCCUGGCUAACUUUCCAUUACUCUUACAAUACUACCAUGCUGUUCAUAGCUCUAGCAUUAACAGGAUUUACCGGUGGACUGAUCGAAGCACCAGUGAUGACAUAUGUUGCCGAGGUUACUCAGCCUCGUUUACGAGGAAUGUUAUCAGCUACAUCCACUAUGUCUGUCAUUUUAGGAGUUUUCACACAAAUGCUCGGUGGUAGUUUAGCCAGUUGGAGAACGGUGGCAAUGGUCAAUUUGACAUAUCCACUCGUGUGUUUCAUCGCUCUCCUUAUGGUUCCCGAAAGUCCUCACUGGCUAGCCGCAAAGGGUCGUACGAAGGAAGCUGAAAGAGCCUUGUGCUGGCUCCGAGGAUGGGUUAGUCCAGCGCACGUAAAAACGGAGUUCAUUGGACUUUGCGAUAUUGUGAUGAAACCGGUAGAAACAACUUCAGAAAAAGAGAAACUUUGGAAAUUUUACAAGAAAAAGACCUGUUAUGUACCUUUCAUAUUGGUGACUAUAGCCUUUUUCAUUGGUGCAUUUGGUGGUACUUCGAUUCUUCAAACUUUCGCUGUUGUUAUUUUCGAAGAAAUGAGUGCACCCAUCGACAAAUAUACGGCUGCAGUAUUUCUUGGGAUCGCUGAAUUAGUUGGCACAGUGACCUGUGUAUCAACGAUUCAUUUUACCGGCAAACGUCUGUUAACUUUCUUCUCUUUAGCUGGAAUAGGGUCCAGUUUGCUUCUCGCGGUUAUUUAUGGAUACCUCAAUGAUAAUCAAAUAAUUCACGGAGAAAAUUAUACCUGGAUACCAAUGACCUUGAUGAUAGCUGCUGCUUUUCUCUCUCAUAUUGGUAUCAGGUUACUACCUUGGAUUCUAGCGGGUGAAGUAUUUCCUGUUAAGGUACGAAGUAGCGCAACCGGUGUAGCUGGAUCAAUCGGAUAUAUUUUCAUGUCGAUCGCGAACAAGACCUUUCUGUAUAUGAAGGCCAGCAUGUCUCUAUCGGGAACAUUAUUUUUUUAUGCUCUGAUAAAUUUCAUUGGUGGAAUUAUACUUUAUUAUAUACUGCCAGAAACGGAAGGUAGAACACUAAGAGAAAUUGAGGAACAUUAUGCUGGAAUACAAAAUUUGAAGGACAGACCAAAGAAAGAAGAGCUACCAUUCAAAGAGAAAUGGGCAGCCACAAAUCCAACUGCCAUUUAUGAUGAUGAAAGCAAACUUUAAGUUCUCACUUAAGUUACAAAAAUCUACUGAAAUAUAUAUAUAUAUAUAUAUAUAUAUAUAUAUAUAUAUGUAUGUAUGUAUGUAUGUAUAUAUAAUAUCAACCUAAUAUUGAGAUUAACAAUACGUUAAACCAACUUUACACUUACAAUGUUAUAUUACUUUUACAUCUAAAUGUAAAAGUUUUUAAUAUAUAAUUGAUAAUAAUUAAUAAUAAACUUUGGACUUCUUCGUAUUCGAGGAUAUUUAACAUUUACCGCAUUUUAACUUCAAGAAAGGAGCUUCCUAUUUUUUAGAAUUAGAUUUUAAAUAUUUUAAACGUAAAAAUGUUACAUCGUUUUUUAAUAAAACGAUUGCAAGCGA